GAUCAUCGCGCGCUCCACAGGACGAGCAACAGUGGUGGAGGUCAAGGAUGCUACAACGGGCGAGAGAUGAGGGCAUUCAGGUCCCCGCAGACCUCGAGGAGGGGCUUGCGAUUGCCCGUGUGGAGGGUAGACAGGCUCGUCACCAAGUGCUGCACCUGACUCAGACUCGCCUAGAUGAAUGGGUUCAGCACCUCAUUCAGUACGACCUGGAUAUGACCUACAUCCGAUUCUUUGUGGACUGCGGUGUGCCAUUCAACAUCGCCAGAUCGGAGUGGUAUGUGGCGCUUCAUGACGUCUAUCUCAGUCAGUUUAGGGGUCCCUACAGGCCGCGUCGGCCACAGUACGAGUUCCUGCGGACGACUCUGUUGUCUAUGUUGUACGCAAAGCUCCACGAGCGCUUGAGGUAUCACCGUGAGUCGUGGUCUGAGGGGGUCACUUUCAUGACUGACGGUUGGUCGACUCAGGCCAACCGCCCUCUCUGCAACUACUUGGUUGCAGGGAGGUUGGGGGCGUCGCUCUACCGGGUGGAGGAUAUGUUUGGCAGGGAGAGGACCGAGGCAGGUUUGUGCCUCAGAUGGAGGGAGCUCAUCCUCGAGAUCGGUGCAAAGCAUGUGGCCAUAUGCAUGGACAACGCGUUAGCCAACAAGGAGGCUUACUGUUUGCUCCGUGGCGACCCCGAUGAGCGACUGUGCCGCAUCACAUGGAUUCCUUGUGCAGCUCACUGCUGCAAUCUGAUGCCGACACACAUCGCCAGACAGUCGUGGGUCGCGCAGGUGAUUGUAGAGGGACGGGACAUCACACUGUUUUUUCGGCGCCAUGCACGGGCAGCGUACCUUUUGAGCCGGCAAUCGCCAACUGUAUCAUUGAUCCGGUCGGGAGAGACGCAGUAUGGGACCAACUACAUCAUGUUGCAACGCAUGGUGACGUUGCAUCGGCCUUUGGAUGCAUGUGUGAGCGGUGUCGCCUGGGCGACGUCCCCGUGGCUCCCUGCAUUGAGGGACGGCGCACGCAGGUGCUUCGACCUUCUUCGCGAUCCGCGGUGGUGGCAGCAAGUGGAGCUUGUGUGCACUAUUAUGGAGCCAAUUUACGAGCUCCUGCAGCAGGUCGAUUCUGACGGGCAGAGAGUCGGCGAUGUAUGGGGAUUGUUGGAGUGCCUGCGGAUCACGGUCGACAGACUGACGCUUGAUGAGGCUUGUCACAUGCCCAUCAAGAAGAUAGUCACGGAGAGGUCGGAUAUGCUUUUGACCCCCAUUCAUUGUGCUGCGUACUUGUUGCACCCCAAGUACCGCAGCAUCGACCUUUUGAUGCGUGGGACGACAGAGGAGCGCGCUCAAGACUUUCACGGCAAGUAUCCUAUACUUGCUCACUGGGGGGGGUACAUUGGGGAUGCGAGCGUGGAGGAGCCUGACUUUGAUCCUGUGCAGUGGUGGAGGGUGCGGGGGGCCAGUCAUCGGGUGUUGCGGGACAUUGCCAUGCGCUGCUUGGGUGUCCCUGCCACCACGUUCGCACCGGAGGCAGGCUCCCACAGCCUGCCUGUAGACGAUGCAAACGACAUUUUCGGCGACAUCGAUGCAGACAAUGCGAGCGCGGGAGGGAAUCGCACAGCGAGGGCCGCUUGUGGGUCUGCCCGUGUGGGAGAGGCAGGCACACCUGGAGCCAUUGGAGCUGAGCAGGUGUCGCCCACCAGGCACAUGCACGAUCUUCCUUCCCUCGGUGCACGGCCGUUGGCGUCGGGCGCGGUUGGUGAGACUGGUCCAUCGCCAUGCACGACGGAGGAUGUCGAGGGCACGAUGCCCGUCGCUGCCGCUGACAACACAACGCUUGCGCCUGCCACCUUUUCGAGCCCCCAUCGUGCAGUGGAGCGCGACUGCGAGGGGAGGAUCAGACGACGACCAGGUUUCAUCGGUCCGCUAGACUGGUCGGCAACUUCAACCAUCCACCCGGACGCAGAGAGAGAUUUGGCAGCAUACUUGCCGAGACCGUUGUCGGAUCUGCCAGGAGAGGACCCGGAUGUGCAGGCUAGAGGUGGGGACGGUGGACAGCCUGUUGCCGGGGGGGCUGCUCCUCGUGAGGGAGGCCUAGACAGAGAGGAGCUCGCCCACGACCUGGCGGCUGCCGGGUACUCCACAGAGGAGAUCAGGGAGGCGUUGGAGGGGUAUCCCAGGCGAGAUAGACAAGGCACGCCUCAGCAUGGGAUGCACGCACGCCAGCGAUUGGAUGUUGGCCGCACACGCGCCUCCCCGUCGCUCCCGUUGCCACCUCCGGAUCCCUCCUUGGCAUUGGACAUCGCAGGCGCGGGAUCGCAUGAGGCUCCCGUGACGGACACGCAGGUGGCCGAUGGAGAGAGCAGCGGUGUACGGGAGUGCGACUCCCCGGGGACGGGUCUUCGCCAUCCAGUUUCACAUGCUGGGGUCAUCGCUCGGACGGCGAUGCCACUCCCACCCAGAGAUCCGUCGAUUGUCAUCGAGUCGCUUCAACCAUUCGUUGGUCGCAAGCGGAAUGGACAUGAGGGCGGGAGAGUUGCGGGUCGAGGCCGAGGGAGAGGCCGACCGCCUGGACGAGGGAGAGGGGAGGGACAAGGCAGGGCUCGAGGAGGUGACGCAUCGACACAGAGGACACCUGCAGGUGGGAGAGGGGAUCACGCACGGGCACCGCCGCCAGCAUCAUCGACGGGCGAGGGUGAGGAGGGGAUAGCGCAACGCCUCACCAAACGGCGUAGAGCAGAUGCACCGACGACGACAGGACCCACACCAGCGUCGUCUUCGGGCUCGAUCACGUAAGCUUCGUCUUCGGGCUCGAACACGUCAGCUUCGUCGUCAGGCUCGAGCACGUCAGCUUCGUCAGGUGACCCCGAUUUCG